CUAAUUAACAAGUCAUUUGAACAACAAUUAAGGUAGAGGUUGUUGAACUUUUAACUUCAUGAUCAUGAAUUAAGUCUCCCAUCCAUGCAAGAAAACUAGAGCCCCUUCCUAUAUAUACAUGUCCAUGUUAAGCUCUGGACUCACCUCACCUCAGCGAUUCUCUCUUAAUCUUCUGCUACAUUAUAUCAAAAUGGCUUGCAGUGCAGUGAGAUCCAGCGGUGGGGUACAGGUUAAGCUUAAGUCCAAUCCAGAUGAGUUCUGGGAUGCCAUUUUAAACUCCACCAAGCUCUUCCCAACUGCUAUUCCCAGCCUUUACGCCACCAUCUUCCCCACUAAUGCAGAUGGCACCGUUCGCAACAUUACAUAUGGCCACGAUUCUCCUGUCAUUAAAGAGUCGGAAGAGCAGAUCAAUGGAAAUCAGAAGCCAAAGUUUUCAUAUACAGUGCUGAGUGGGGAUAUUCUCAAGUACUACACAAGUUUCCGUGCAGAAAUCUCUAUUGUUUCUGACGAAGAUGGGACGUGGGCGAAAUGGACUUGGGAGACUGACUUUCCAAAUGCAAAUAAUCCUCUGGAAAUUGGAGUGGUCUUGGAGGAACUCGCAAUGAAGACCUUGGCAAAACUCGAUGAUUAUCUUCUUAGGGCAUAAAUUCAUGGAUAAUGAUAUUGGAAUUGACUACUCUAG